UGCAAUGCAGCAGCGCGCAUAACAACAAUAAAAACAAAUUUAAAAAAUUCAUAAAAUUUCUACAACAACAAAGUGCAGGCAAAGCAAACAAUUGCAAAUAUUGAAAAAAUAUACGGAAAGUGUUACACAAGUGUGCGGAAAGUGACCAAAAAUAGUAAAAAUAUAUAUAAAUACAAUAACAACAACGGUUUGUUGCAGUCGCAGCGAAAAAAAAUGAAAUUAUUAAAUUAACCGGAAACGAAUAGAAAUUAAAUCAGUGAAUUUAUGUGCCAAUACUCACACCAAUACAUACACAAAAAGCAAUUUAUUUAGUAUAUAAUAAAAAAUAAAAGAAAAUUCCAAACACAUACACAAAUACAUAUGCAAGCAUAGCAAGACUUGCAAUGAAAUGAAGUGGUAGUGCUUUGAAAAAGUUAUGAUUUCCUUAUGUUUUUGUUAUGAGUCAAUAUAAUCCAGAAACUGUCACAUAAACAGGCAAGCAGCCAGACAACUAGACAACCAAGCAAUCAGUCGAACAACAACACAGCAACAACAGUCACCACAGACGACUAUUAGUGAACCGAAAUGCUGAGAUAGCCAGCCAACUGAGUGCCAAAUAGACGCAAAGAAAUGUAAUUAUUGGUGGCUGUCCGGCCAGCUGCUGACACAAAGCAACAAUAGCAACAAUAACAAGACCAUACAGCAAUUGCAGCCACAACUACAAAUAGCAACAAAAUCGAUGUCAACCAUAUUAAUGCCUACAACAACAACAACAUUCACAAGCUAACUACAAUCAAAUGCGUAUUAUGCCUGUUCAACAUCCAAUUGCCGCAAAUCUUAAAGCCCAACUGAAUGCCACAAAUGCUAUUUAAAGCUAAUAUUUAUGUAACACUACGAAAGAGGAAACAAUUAUUGCCAAUUUAUAAAUGCGCAAUACAAAUACAACAAGUGCCAUACACAAACAAAGAAACGCAGCUAAAACGUAACAACUCGUAAUAUAAAGUAACGUAACGUAACGCAACGAAUUCCGUCCAAUCAUACUGAGAUUCUUAGUGCCUUUUUACAAAUAAAACAAAACUAAACUAAACAACAAAAGAAUAAUAUAAAAAAAACAACAAAAAAGUUUUAAACAACAAUUGACAUAUGAUAUAUUUCUAAGAAAAAAUAAAAUUAAGAACGUUAACAUAGUUAGACCAGAGCUUCCAAAAGUUUAACGCAGAAAUUAGUAGUAAGAUUAAAGCACACCCAAAUUGAUAUACAUACAUAUAAGGACUUACGUUUAAAACAUAUACAACAGCACACUAAGCUUUCAUAAAAGCACUACCGAAAAGCUCAUACGUAUUGAACGCCAUAGCAAAUAUAAGCUGAAAAGAAAGCGCUAAAGCAAUUAUUUCAAACUAUUUGUAGGCUCCUUUGAAAAGCGCACGAAAGCUCUUGAAACCUUGAAAGCUUCCAGCAAAGCUCAAAAGCUCGAAAGCAUUUCUAAAACUUCAAUUUUGCAAAUUACAUGCUAAUAACUCCACCGCUUUGGCCUAAGCUUUAACUUUUAUACAUACUUACCGUGAGUUGUGCCUCGAGCUGGAGCUUAAGUAUAAGAAGCAUAAGAUGUCCGCAUCGCCUGCCACUACUAGUGUCAUCACUUCGAACGAACUUGCCAUACAACAACAGCUUCAACACCAGCAGCAUCAACACCAACAACAACAACAACUUCAAACGCACAGCUCUCCGACGCGCGUCUCACUACCACCCGGUGUUACUGUGACCAACGUUGUGACCACAACGUCUGCAGCCGCUGCCGCCAACGCCAACGGUUUAACACUAAUGCAUCGCUCGCCCGACAGUCCACAGCCCGAGUUGGCCACCAUGACAAAUGUCAAUGUGCUCGAUCUACAUACAGACUCGUCGAAACUCUACGACAAGGACGCGGUCUUUAUUUACGAAAGCCCCAAGGUGGUCUUGCCGACAGUGGGCUCCGGUGCGACAGUCACCAGUGAUGAGCAUGUGAUUGAUGCACGCAUGGUCGCCCAAUUGAACGAACAGCAAGCAGCUGUUGCAGCGGCUGCUGCUGCUGCAGCCGCAGCCAACGAUAAUCAGCCGUUGGCCAAGAUCGAAUUCGAUGAAAAUCAGAUAAUUCGCGUUGUCGGCCCGAAUGGUGAGCAACAACAAAUCAUUUCACGUGAAAUAGUCAACGGUGAACAUCACAUACUGUCACGUAAUGAAGCUGGCGAACACAUACUCACACGCAUCGUAAGCGAUCCGACCAAGCUGAUGCCCAGCGAUAAUGCGGUCGCCGCCGCAAUGUUCAAUCAGGCACAGAAAAUGGCCAACGAUCAUGGUGUGUAUCAGACAUCGCCAUUGGAUGCCUCAAUGCUGCAGCAUUACGAGCCAGAGAAUGUCGUUAAGGCAGAGGUGGAUAUAUAUGAUGAUCCGAAGAAACCGCCGGGCAGCGGUGGUGGUGGUCAGCAAAUACUCUAUACAACAACUGGUCCGGACACUGGGAAGCAACUAUCACAUUUGCCUGUUGCCACGAAGCUGGAGUCGGAAAUGUAUCCGACAGACAAACAUAUCGAUUUAAUCUACAAUGAUGGCAAUAAAACCGUUAUAUACACCACCACAACCGAUCAAAAGGGUUUGGAAAUCUAUUCGGGCAGUGACUUGAGUGGCCUGGUUGCCGAUGGGCAGGUGGUGGUGCAAGGUGGAUUGCAGUAUGCCGGCGCUGGCACAGCUGGUGGACAACCGGUCUAUAUAGUAUCCGAUGGUAGCUUGCCGCCGGGCGUCGAAGGACAUUUGCAAAGCACACCAACGGGCGGCAACAACAAAUUGAAUGGGCAAACCACACCUCUGGACGUGUCCGGCCUAUCGCAAAAUGAAUUCCAAGGCCUGCUGCUUGGUUCACACCCAUCGGCGGCCGGUGGCAACGGCAACGCAUCCACAACACCAACAACCAUCUCACAGCACUCGGCCAUUGUGGCAGCGGCCACCGCCGCAGCAGCGGCAGCUGGUGGCGCCACAGCUGUAGUGGUCACCGCCGAGCAGCAGCGACAACAACAGGCCCAACAGACGAUCAGCAUCAAACGCGAACCGGAAGAUCUGCGCAAGGAGCCGAAAAGCGGCGUCAGCAGCACCAUCGUCGAUGCGACGAACAGCAUCACCAAUGGUGGCGUGAUAAGCGGCACCGCACAUCACCAGCAACACGGCGGAACGAAGGUUUUAGUUGUGCAGUCACCGACAUCACCAACACAAACGACCAUACAAAUUAAAGAACCGCCCAUUAGUCCUGGAAGUCCAACAACUGACACAAUGUACGCUGCCAGUGGCGGCACACAAAUCUACUUGCAGGGCGCUCAUCAGUCCAAUGCACCCGGUUCCGCUGGCGUUCCGAAUAAUGUGAAUGUCAACGCACAGACACCCAGUCCCGGUCCCUACAUCACACCCGACGGUUAUGGCAUGUACACCACCACACGCCUCACCUCGGGCGGACCGACAUCAACCUUCAUUACAGAGCCUUAUUACCGCGAAUUCUAUACCACAGCCACCACGGCCGACACACAGACUGGCUAUGGACAGGCGCCACGUAAUAUCGUGUAUGGCGGUGCUGAGAGCGAGCCACCACAUCCGGGCACCACGUAUGAGGGACGCUUCACCACGUCCGCAGCACCCGUGACCAGCAUGCCAUCGCACACCACAGCCAAUACGGGGGGAAUGAAGAACGGUACACCGGUGUAUGCUAAGACCAUCACAGCUGCUGGACUGACGGUGGAUUUGCCGAGUCCGGAUUCGGGUAUUGGCGCUGAUGCGAUAACACCAAGGGAUCAGAAUAAUAUACACCAGUCCUUCGACUAUACAGAACUUUCUGGCACAUUAUUGGACAGCAAUGGCGGCAUUCCAGUCUCGGUGAAUAGCAUACAACGCGGCGCCGUGAGCGUUCAUGGACAAAAUAGCCCGACCACAUCGUUGGGCGGCUCGACGCCGAAUGGCGCCACACGCUCGAGGCCAUGGCAUGAUUUUGGACGACAAAAUGAUGCGGAUAAAAUACAAAUACCAAAAAUCUUCUGCAAUGUCGGCUUCCGCUACCAUCUGGAGAGUCCAAUCAGUUCAUCACAGCGACGCGAAGAUGAUCGCAUCACAUACAUCAACAAAGGACAAUUCUACGGCAUCACAUUGGAGUAUGUGCCCGAUCCAGAUAAGCCCAUCAAGAACACAACUGUCAAGAGCGUUAUUAUGCUGAUAUUCCGUGAAGAGAAGAGCCCCGAUGAUGAAAUCAAAGCUUGGCAAUUCUGGCACAGUCGGCAGCAUUCGGUUAAACAGCGCAUUUUAGAUGCAGAUACGAAAAAUUCCGUCGGCCUAGUUGGUUGCAUCGAGGAGGUCUCCCACAAUGCCAUCGCUGUCUAUUGGAAUCCGCUGGAGAGCUCAGCCAAGAUCAACAUCGCCGUCCAGUGCCUGAGUACGGACUUCAGCAGCCAAAAGGGAGUUAAGGGUCUACCGUUGCACAUUCAAAUCGACACAUUCGAGGAUCCGCGCGAUGCACAGGUCUUCCAUCGAGGCUACUGCCAAAUUAAGGUCUUCUGCGAUAAGGGUGCUGAGCGCAAAACACGCGAUGAGGAGCGACGCGCUGCUAAGCGUAAAAUGACCGCCACAGGACGCAAGAAGCUCGAUGAGCUGUAUCAUCCGGUCACCGAACGUUCGGAGUUCUAUACAAUGCAGGAUUUGCAAAAGCCACCGGUACUAUUCUCGCCCGCCGAUGAUAUGGAAAAGAGCUUUUAUGGCCAUGAGACUGAUUCACUGACCGGCGCACCAGAUCUCAAAGGCACAUCACCAUUCUUGUUGCAUGGCCAAAAAGUGGCGGCGCCAACACUCAAAUUCCACAAUCAUUUUCCGCCCGACGUGCAGACCGACAAGAAGGACCACCUGCUGGAUCAAGGUCUAGUACCCAGUGCCAUGGGCGAUUUUGUGCCACCAAUGAAGCGCGGACGCAUGACACCGCCCACCAGCGAACGCGUUAUGCUGUUCGUGCGACAGGAGAACGAGGAAAUCUACACGCCGCUGCAUGUGGUGCCGCCCACCACUAUUGGCCUCUUGAAUGCGAUUGAAAGUAAAUACAAAAUCUCAACAGCGAGUAUAAAUAAUAUUUAUCGUACAAAUAAGAAAGGGAUUACUGCGAAAAUUGAUGACGACAUGAUUUCGUAUUAUUGCAAUGAAGAUAUAUUUCUGCUGGAAGUGCAACAGAUCGAAGAUGAUUUAUAUGACAUAACAUUAACGGAGUUACCCAAUCAUUGAGCGCAUGAAGAAGUUUAUAUAAUUGUAGAAUAAAAUAGCAACAACAAUUGUGUAUGCGAGGCAAUAGCAAGAACAGCGGCGAACAAAAGCAAUAGCAGCAAUAAGUGAAUACACACACACACACACACACACACACACAUGUAUGUAAGACAAGUGGCAGCUAAGCAAAAACAAGAAGCUGCGAAUUAGAUAAACUCAGCGCACAUUGUUAUUGUAUUUGUUUAAAGAAGCUGAUGUGUUAAGUGUUUUUUUUUAUAAAGAUGAUGACAACAACAAUAACUUGGACAGAAAUGCACAAAGCAAUGGACACAAUAUAUAUUAUGGUAGAUAAGCAAUUGCAAAUGAAACAAAAACAACAAAAAAAAUAAAAAAAUUAUACAAGAGCAUAUAUACACUUAACUAUGUUUUUUUCAUGCUAAUAUUAUUAACUAAGUAUAACGGAAAAAGUAAGCAGCAGGCGAAGUAAAUAUGUAAGAGUUUAUACAUUUACAAAAACAAAGUAGGCGAGCGCAAAAACGUGAGAGAGUAUAUAAAAUCUAAUAAAUAAUCUUAAGUGUUAGCUUGCGCGUGAGGCAAAGCAACACUGAGAAAUUUGCAAAUUGGCUAAAUAUUAGUAUAAAUUUAGUAGAUAAAAAGUGGUAAAGGCGGCAAAUGACAAAAAAUCAAUUGCAAAAACAUUGAAAGUUUAACUCAAUUUUAUGAUUUGCUUGCUUUAAGUAAAUAGUGUGCGUGAAAAUUUAAUUGUGUUUAUAUUUUUAUUAAGUAAAUAAGUUUAACUUAAGUACACACACGCUUAAUUGAGAUUCAAAAAUGUGUUUUACAUGCAAAAAGCAAAAAAAAAAAAACAUAUAUAAAAAUAAAAUGUAAAUUAUUACGGUUCAUGUAAGGGAAAUUCAAUAAAAUUCGCUAAUUUUUUCAAAAUAUUUUUUUCAUGUAUACUUUUUAACGAUUUCGUCCGAAGUUUAGGAAGUUCAAAAAUCCUAAAAAAAUCUCAAAAUCAUUUUCCAAAAAAACAGUCAUUGUUGCGCCGCCACAUCGCUUCCAAUAUUAAUAUGUUUUGUAAUCCGUUCAGUAAGCGUUAAAUAAGAAAUAGUUUAACUAAGUAAAUACAAAAUAUAUAGGCAUGCGACAGCAAAUGCAACAAAAAUAUGUAAGUGUGUAUGUAUUUAACGUAACAAAUAAUAUGCGCCAUAAAGCUUUCACACAUCUCAAAGCUGUCACCACAUGAAAGCUUGCAAAAGCUUUACAUGCUUACUUCGUGCAACUGCGUAUGCAAUGCAUCAUUUCAGUGCUUUUGAAUCGCCUUAGUUAAAUGCGAACAUUACAUUAAGAAGGAAAUAAAAAUGAAAAACAAAAAACGCAUAAUUAUAAAAUUCUCAAAAACUUUUACUUUAGCAAUAAUUAACGCGUAAAGCUUUUCGAACAAACGCUUAAGUUCAGCGUGCAGUUAAAAAUUUCACAUUUUUGUAUAUUUUUGCUUUUCUUUACUCAACUCAACGUAGUACUUAAAGUUUUUUCUAAUUUUGUAUACCUAAAUAAGUUUUAGUUUUACUUAAGUAAGUUACUUUAAACUUUACUCAAACAAUGUUUUUUAUUAUAUAACUAUUAUUAUUAUUAUUUUUAUUACUAUUAUCAAUUGCUAUAUAUAAUUUUUGAUAAAUAAAAUUCGAACAAAAUUCGAUCUGUUGAACAAAAAUCUUAAAGAAUUUUCUUAUAAAAAUAUAAAACAACACUUUUUGGUUGAUUAAGCAAGCUUUUGGACUUUUCAUUAAAGCGUAAUGCUUCUCAUGUAAAACUCUGCAAAUACUUUUCCCUUUUGAUACAUAUUAAUAUUGUGCUUUGAGUAGAUUUUGUGAAAGUUUUCAAAGUCAUUGUGAAAAAGCUUCAUAAAAAAGUACGCCGUUUGAAAGAUUUGAAGUUCAGUGAAAGCUUGGCUAUAGAAAGCUUAAAAGUAACUCAUUUAUGGACAAUUUAUGAUAACGUUUUUCUAGAAAAAAGUAACUUAACUCAAUUCAAGCUGAUAAGUUAAUUCUAAUAGUAAAAUUAAAUUAAAUAACUGUGAUUCUAAAAUUUCACAAAAGCUUUCGUAUAUAUGUUAUGACAUAAUUUUUUGAAAAUAAAGUAAAAAAAAAGAAAAAAAAUGUAAUAAAGCUUUCGAAUAUAUAUUUUGACAUAAUUUUUUAAAAAUAAAAGCAAUAAAGUUGUUGUAUAUAUGUUUUGAUAUAAAUUGUUAAAAAUAACAGUAAAAUUCUCUUACUUCAAAAACAUGCUGCAAUAAAGAAAAACAUAAGCUUUAGUUACUCCACAUAACACUUAUAAUUUUUAAAAUUUUAGAAAUAUGCAAAAAGCACAAAGCACUUCAGCACGCGUUAAGUCUCUAUAGAAAAUUUCGAACACUUUGCAAUUUGUAAUUAAAAAUAGUAAGAAACCAUUUCUACAGCAAGCAAAUGAAAAUAUUUUUUUGAAGCUUUUCCUCAACAUGUCGUAAAAGCUUUGCAAUAAAAAAAAAUCAAAGCAAAAUCGAAAAAGUUUUGCUAAACAAAAUUAAAUUCAAACUUUUUUUAAAGCUUUCGUCAACAUGCCGGAAAAGCUUUGCAAUUAAAAAUAAAGUUCAACGUUUUUUUUUUAAGUUUUAACGAAAGCUUUCGUCGCCUAAACUCUACAGAAAAUCAUUUAUACGUAGAAUGUUUAAGCUUUCGCGUCAAGCUUUCACUUUAUCAGCGGAGCUUUGGGAAUUAGUAAACUUUUUCAACGCAAAUAAGUAUAACGAACUCAAUUGCAAUAACUUAUGUUUAAAUACUUAAGAAAACAGAAUUUUUUUUAUUAAACGCAGACAAAAUGAGAAGCAAAGAAUUAAUGAUUUUUAAGAAGUAAAAUUAAUUUAAGUGAACUGUGCAUUUUUUGUUAAAAACAUGAAAAUAUAUAAGCUAGGAAAGCACAAUGGACGAAGAGAAAUAUUUGAGCGGAGCACAAAAAGCUCAAUUAAAAUUUUAUAUACAAAUGAUUAAUGGAAUUAAGAGACCGUUAAGAGCAUAUGAUGCCAGUGAGACAAAAUUUAGUGAAGACAAAAUUAUCUAAAUUAAAAUCUAAAUUAAAAGGUACCACCAAUUGAACGAUGAAUAGAAAAUUUAUGAUUAAAAAACAAAAACUAUUAUAAAAUAUCAGAAGCUUUAAAACACAGAAUUUCGUUUUUUUUACUUUCAAUAAAAGCUAUUUAGCAUCAAAACUUAAUAAAAUUAAGCCUUACAAGUUUGUACAUAAAUUAUUAUAAUUUUUACUUUUAUAUUUUUCCUUUUGAUCUGAAUUCUCUAAAGAAACUCUUGAAAAUAUACACAAAGCUUUCAACUUUUUCGAAAAUUUGCAUAAUUAUAUGCAUUUUAUAUAAAGUAAACACUUCUAAUUAAUGCAACAACAAUUAAUUAAUAACAAUAAAAACAUAAAACCAAUCGAGUUAUUCUUGCCGUACAGUAAAUAGCACAAAUACAAGCAAAUGAAUUUGCGCUAUGAAGCAAUUUCAAGCAUAAAUAUUGCUACAUACAUACUUAAUAUACAGUAAUAAAUAAAUAAAUAAUUCUUACAAAAUAUUAAAACCUAAUAUUAAAGGCACACGAACUACAAUUAUACACGUAAAUCGCACGAAAAUUGUUGUGUGCGUUUUAUAUGUAUUUGUAAUAAGAUAUAAGCGUAAAUAAUUUAUUACAACAAACAAAAACAAAAACAAGAAAAGAAAAGUUAAAAAUAAUGUAUACAUAAUAUUUACCGUAUUUUUUCACAAAAUACCGCAAACGUUUACAAUUGUCUUCUUCCCUCCAUUGGCAAAAUUGUACGCGCCACUUGUAAUAAUGUAAUUUUUAAUUAGUUUUAGUAAAAAGCCAACAACAAACAACUCAAAUGAUAAAACAACAGUAAGCAACAGCGAAAAAGAACAAUUAUUUAUGAGAAAGAAACUGCAAAAGUUUUCCAAAAUCAUAUCAUAAACGAGCGCGCACCGCAGACAGCUGCGUCAUUGCAAGCGUGGCAGAGAGCGUGGAGUUGUGAGGAACAAUUGUUGAAAUUCUAAAUUGAUUACUUAUUAUUAUUAUUAUAUUAUUAUAUAUUAUAUUAUUACUAUUGUGUAGUUUGUACUGUAAGCAUAUUUUACAAGAAAAUAUUUUUAUUAAACAUAAAUAAGUAAAAAAAGAACAA